AUGAAGGCUUUAGAAACAUGUGGCUUUCCCGUUCCAAAUGCUUUGGAACAUAAUCGACAUUGUGUAAUCAUGUCACUCGUCCAAGGUUAUCCUCUGUUUCAGGUGAAGCAAUUACAAAAUCCAGACACCGUUUUUGAGACAAUUAUUGGUAUAAUUAUUCGGCUGGCAGAGAAUGGUAUCAUUCAUUGUGAUUUCAAUGAAUUUAACAUAAUGGAGGAAAACAGUGACAAUACAGUAGGAAUUGAAUCUGAACUCACUAACAGCUUGAGUAAGCAAAGACAAUGUACUAUAGCGUCAUCUCAUAGGGGACAGAAAUCUUACAAAGACAAGGGUGGUAGGUCAUCUCACAAUUCUAAGAUUCAAAUGCAGAUGAGCAGCUGGUGCAGUGGCGGAGCCAGCGUCCGGCCAGGUAGGGCAGCUGCCCAGGCUCCGCCCGACCAUGCUUCACCAUCUCGCGAUGGAGAUCUUCUAUGGCCAUCUUCCGACACACCAUACCGUUGUGGUGUUGAAUUUGUUGUUUCGUGCUAUGUCCACCAAGUGUUCGGGAGUACUUCUGGAUAUUUGAAAUGA